AUGUCGCAGCGUCCAUCUCUUAAACUCAAAUUCGGCAGCUCCGUUCCCAAACCAGAGGCCUCCCCAACACCUCAAUCAGCAGCAACAAGCACUCCCAAGCUAAAGCUCAAGUUCGGCAGUAUUUCCCAUACUCCAGCUCCGCAAAUUACCCCCAACGAGCCUAUCUCCAGCUUUGCCUCCACCGGCUCUAAGACCGCCGCCAAAACCCCCCGCAAGUCCAAACCAACCCCCAAGAAGCGCGCUCUCGAGCUCGAGGACGACGACGAUGCAGGCGGGGAAAAGCCUCAAUUGGCCUCCGGCCCAGCCAUCAAGAAAAUCAAGCUCAACACCCGCGCCCCUGUCGCUCCUCUUGUAAAGCUCAAGACCAAAGGAAAGGUCCCAAAGAGACCCAAAGGUGUCGGCUACGACAGCGAAGCCGACGACCGCGAACUCGAUCCCACAAUCUCUGAGGGCUUCAUUCUGCGCAUGCAGCCAGGCGAAGACUGCGACAUCAUAAGAAAGGCGGCUGCGGAGGGCAAUUUCGGACGGAAAGCCGGCGGGGCAGAUGUACGCAUGCGGUUCUUAACCAGCGAUGCCCGAAGAGCUGCUGUGAGUGUGAAUGGACGCCAUUAUGCGGCCGUGCUGGUGGAUUUGCCAUGCGUGAUUGAGGCGAUGAAAAAUUGGGAGAAGAGGGGGCCGUGGAUGAAGAGUAUGGAUGUGUGCCAGAUGCUUAUUGUGAUGGGGCAGAUUAAGGAGGAGGAAGAUGCGUUGCUGUAUCCUAUUCCGCGCGGUAAAGGGGAGCUGAAUGGGAGAGGAGAGCUGGAUGAGAAGACGUUGCAGUGGGCUAGUGGGAUCACGCCGCCAUUGCACAAAGUGCGGACGAAGCGGUUCAGGAAGAGGAUCAGCGUGCGGGAUGUUAUGGAGGUUGAGGCGGAGGUGGAAGCUUUGCUACGGCAAGAUGAGGAGGCGGAUGGGGAACCAUUGCUUGAGCUUGUUGAUGAAAAUGAAUUGCGUGAGAGGAGGGACAGGGAGAACGGAGAAAGUGAUGAAGUCUCCGACAACGAAGAAGACGCAGAGGGCGAGGACUACGAUGAUGAGCAAGAAGGAUACAUCAAGACGACAGUCGGAGGUCACGACGCAGAUCACGACGCCAUGGCCGAAGAACUCGAAGCAGCCAUGGAACUCGAGGCCGCCAUGGCUGCAUCCGGCGAUGCUGCCCUCCCCUCCGCCCCACCUCCCGACACAGCAACCCAAGACGGAACAUCCACCCCCGCCUCUCCUUCCGCCAACCUCCCCACCCUUUCCGCAGCAGACACCCCCGGUGCCGCCACCACCUCGGCGGACGAAGCCUCCGACGAAGACGACGACUCGACCGAUGCGUCUGUCGACGAGGAUGCGUUGGAACGGCAGCAGGAGAGACAGAGGCAGAGGGAGGAGAUUGCGGAUCUGGAAGCCGCGAUUCGGCAGGAGCAGACGAAGGCGGACUCGAUUGGGAAUGCCUUGCUCAAGAAGAAGUUGCUGGAUAAAAUUCGCAGUUUGCAGGGGGACUUGGAUUUGAAGGUUGCGGCUUUGGGGGAGUAG